AUGGAUGCGGGAUGGACUCAGCCAGAGCAAAUGACUCCGGCGGUGGGAUGGGAUCCACGCGUCGGUCUGAUCGUGUCCGAUUGGUUCCAGAGCAGCAUAGGUACCCGAUUGCUGAGAGUGGUGGCAGGGGCAUUCGAGCGCUUUGGGCUGGAGCUGGAUUCUUCAGCAGGGGCGUCGUGGUUCUACGAUGUAGAUGGGUCGAGUGUGUCGGAGCUCAAGUGGAAGAUUUGGACUAUGGCAAUCGCCCACGUCCUCCGGGUUCCCAUCCCGGAGAAUUUCCUGCACCUCUUCAUCGCUGUGGACUAUUUCAUGCGCCAGCGAGGCCGCUCCAACCAGCAACGUUAUGGUGACCGGAAACUGCUGUCCUUCGUGCUCCCUUGCCACUACGCUGUACUCAAGCUUGAAGAGCUCAAGGCGAGAGACAUUCAGACGCCAGCCACUGAAGCGAUGUCUUCAGAGGAAGGAAUUACACAUCUUGUGUCGCUCAUGUCUAGAGUUCCCUGUACUUUCUCGACGCGAACAUGUCUUCUGGAUGCCAUGCGCCUGUUUGAUGUGAGCGAGCAACUCUGUGUGCUCUUCUUCGCGUGGUUGCAGCUCCAGGUCCAGGUAAACAAGCAGCCGCUCGAAUGGCUCGACGCUUUCCUAGCUCAAGCCAAAGCUGGCGGCGGGGGGCACCUGGGCAACGUCUUGCUCUUCUUCCUAGACACCGUGCACGCAUACAGGUUUAAGGGUUUCUAUCUGCUACCCAGGGAGAACAUCGACAGGGUCUUUAAUGUUUGCAUCAAGGAACUCCCGAUGGUAGAGUGGCAGUCGAUCGACCUCACCCCCGGCGUCCGUCAGGUGUUAGAGGAGGUGGACGCAGAAGUGACACACAAAUUCGAGUGGGACAAAAGCCUUCUUUUACCUCUGGAGCGUUGGGUGCAUAGGAGGUCGCUCGUUUACCAGCACAGGCCUCGCGAGAUUCCAUACGUUAUGGACUUUACGGAUGCAAGCUUGCAAAUUGGCCGUCUGAUCUACACUUGGACACUGACGAAGAAGGGGCAGCGGGACCAUGCCGAGCUCCAGACGCUGUGCUCGACGGGCAAGUCGAUCGUGGAGCACGCACAGUCGGUGCCAGUGGGAAGCAGCGACGAGCGCCAGCUCUACCGUGCCGCCGCUGCCGUUUUCGGCAAGGAUCUUAGCGGCCAUUUCGUGCAGCUAUGCAGGAACGCGCAGUGGGAGCCGGAUGGGGUCCCUUGCUCGCAAUCCGAGCUGGGAGAAAUAAGGGAGCUGGCAUGGAGAGGGCUGAUUUUAAUCUUCAAAUUCCAGUCCAGAGUUCCAGAGCAUUACUUUGACGGCGGCCCUAAACAACUGAGAAACAAAGUGCCGUUCGGUGCCAUGAUCGUCUACAUUGUUCACGUAAUAUUUGAGGAUCACUUGGCUCUAGACAUUGACUGCAAAACGUGGACAGAAGAGUGCCACACUCUAAAUAGUCACCCAAAUAAUGCUACAGAUCGGAACAAGAGUGGGAUUUUUGUUGCAUCAGAUGGGACGAGGAAGAGAUGUCUAGCUCUUGAGAAGUUGAUAGAGUCUCCCAAAAUACAGAGGGCCCUGGGAGCCAGCGCUGAUGAAAUACGCGAUGCUAUGGUCAAGGCGAUUGCAGCAGGUGGUAUAUAUUAUGAUCAGGAACACAGAAAUUUAUGGUUUAAAAUGGGCAAAAUAUUCAGAGGGAAUUAUGAGAGGCUCUCUCAUGCAGCCCUUGAGGAAAACAUGAUACCAUGUUCUGAUCUGGGAUACUUGUGUUCGGACAUGAUGCUUGCUGGUACUGAAACUUCGGUCAUCACCACCGAGUGGGCACUUUCAGAGCUCAUGAACAAUCCAACAUGUAUGAUCAAAGCCCAAAAAGAGAUUGACACAAUUGUGGGCCGUGAGCGGAUGGUGGUGGAAGCCGAUCUUUGCAAGCUUAGCUACAUCAACAGUGUUGUCAACGAACUGUUUCGCUUGCAUCCGCCAGCGCCAAUGCUACUCCCUCACUAUUCAACGCAAGACUGCCUACAAGAUCCCCAUGAACUCGCGAGUUUUGGUCAACGCGUGGUCAAUUGCACGAGAUCCAAGCUUGUGGGAGUCUCCCAAUCUCUUCAACCCGGACAGAUUUGUGGAGAGAUCGAUCAGCUUCAAGGGGAAGAACUUUGA